AUAUCAAACUUGGAUCACAAGAAUCUAUCAGAACCAUGAUUCCAAAUAACACAAACUUCAAUCUUCUUCACGUUGUGCCUCCGUAUCCCAAUGCAUUAGAUGUGACUCAUCAGAAUUCGGGCAACUCAUCGCCGUCCCUGCAUAACUACUCGUCAAUGUCGCCAGCAUCAUCGGUGUCGAAUACCGUGUACAAUAGUUCAGAAGUGAGCCCGAUGGGAACGGGAGAUGCCAGUUGGAAUAAGGCGCCAAACUACUUUGAACGACCUAAACCAGACCGCCACAUUGUAUUGAACCCGCUUGGAUCACCAGAUAUUGGAGCUCAAUUCCAAAGUCCAGCUUCUUCCAUCAUGAAUACAAUCAAUUCUUUGGUUCAUGGAUCAUCCGGUGGCUUAUUGCAGGUCCAACAAAGUCAAUAUUUCGGACCUGCUGAACUGAAUCCUAAUCUCAAAAGGCCACACGACGCAACUACUUCCACAGAGUUUGGAGCAUUAUCAGUUGUUCCAAUCCCAUUUGAUUGCAAUCAAACUACUGGUGGCAUUGAACAGACAAUACGUGAGGUGGCAACAAAUAAAAGAGAAAGAGUGGAUGAAGAGCUUGAUGUCAUCAUCCCAAAGAAGCAACCACGACUUUCAGUAAAUGGUAAGCGAAUUGGACGGCCACCAGGCUCAUGUAAAGCCAACUACAUUCCACCAACAAAAAUCACGGAACAAAAUGAUGAAGACGUGCGUCAGUGUCUAUGGGACGGGUGCACAUUGACACUUGACGAUCGAGCGACGUUCUUCGUGCACGUUGAUAAUCACAUCCAAAAGAAUGAGGUAAAUUCUCACAAGCGCACCCACACAAAGCAAAAAUUAUAUUGCUGCGAAGUUUGUCCGAAACGAUACGGUCGAUUAGAGAAUCUGAAGACUCACAGACGUACUCAUACAGGUGAGAAACCGUACCACUGCAAUGUACCAAAUUGUAACAAAAGCUUCACCAAUGCUUCCGAUCGUUCCAAACAUUCAAAGCGCACCCACUCCAAUGAGAAACCGUAUUGCUGCGACUUUGGAAGCUGUGCUUGUGCCUACACCGAUCCAUCGUCACUCAGAAAGCAUGUAAAGUCGAAACAUCCCGAACAUCAUGCCAUGAAAAUGGCUAUGCGAAAAACUCAACGAAAAUCAAUAAAACAAAUUGCUUCAGAGAAAGUACAGAUGUCGCCAUUGCCAACGGCUGCCGAAGCACCAAUUUCCCCUCAACAGAACUUGCCAACACUGCCACUCAACAUGAUCCCACCACCACUGCAGACUCAACUUCCACUACGUGUCCCACCAUUCACUGGAAUGCCAUUUGCGAAUCCAGCACUCCAACUCUUUUUGGCUACGCAAAUGAGAAUGGCUCCGCCAAUGACUCCGUUUCCCCUCCCGCAACUCACUUCUCUGAAUGUCAGCCCGCUUGACUUGGCUGCGAUUUUAGCCGGCGCUGCCACCCCAAAACCUUCAACAGAUUGAUUCUGGAUGCCAGUUUUUCUUUUUUACUAUGUGAAACUUCAAAAAAUUCCGGAAAUAUCAAUUACAAAUUCAUUUCAUCUACUAUCACUGUUGUAGUAACUACAGCUAAAAUUUAGUUUUUAUUUCAAAUUAUAGGCUCUUGAUUAUUUCAUUAUACCCAAUAUCUUAAUAUACAGUUUUGACAAACAACGUAAAGCUUCAAACCAAAAAACCCAAAAAAUAGACAAUUAAAGUUUUUAAUUAAAAUUGAACCAACAGUUUUUAAUAUUUGCAAUUAUUUCACUGUGCAAGUUUAAUUGUUUUUCUUUGAUUUUUAUGUUCAUUUCUGAUUUCCUCCUGUGUAGUUUUUUUUUAAUUUUGAUUGUGAUCUCUUGUAGUUACGUACCUCUUUAUUUUAUUUCCUACCUCUUUUAUGAAACUUUUUUCACCAUUGCAUUGGUUUUUAUUACUAUUAUUAUUCUACCUUUAAUCUGAAAAUAAAAAAUAUGCACGAAAA